AUGACUAUCUAUACUUCUCAACGUAACAUGUUGAGUUUAUUUCAUAACCUUACUCAACCAGGCCAAUGCAGUGUAGUCACAACCAACCUGGCCAUUAAAGAACAACAAAUGCUGGGCAAGAGUGCUUUUCGUAUACUUUCAACGCCCAAUGCGGGUGGCUCGAGUAUUUACAGUGAGGCAUUGUCGAUUGAGUUCUUGUCUCGACUCUUGGGUGUUGAUCUCUUCAAGACCGAGACAGAGCUGAUUUAUGAUUAUCCUGAAGAAAACAAUAAUGGAGGCACCGGUCCUAUCAUGGAUUAUGCCUGCCAUUACCAACAAUUGACUCUAGGUGUUUCUGUCACUCGGGCCAUGGCAUAUCAAAGACCAUAUACCAAACAAGAUGCAUAUGACUUGCUGAUCAAAAAACUUGCAGCUAUUGUUAAAUCAAGUCAAAAUAUCGCAAACACUAAAUUUGAUCGCCAUAUUCUGCACAUAUGGACCGAAUCAGGCAAAAAUGCGGCACUUGUAAACAAAAUAUGUCGCAAACUUAGAGUACAUGAACAAUGUAAAGAUACCAUUAUUCUAAUUACUACUGUAAAUACUCAACUUGUCUUUUUUAAUCAUAACCUGUCUUUAAUCAAAUUACAGAGACAACAGCAAUUCUACCAAAAGUCAGUGCGUUUUUUUACAAGAAAUAAAGCAUGGCUAGAGUUCUAA